GCACAUGACUAAUCACGUGAUUUCUGCAAAACACGGGGUGGUGUGUAUAAAAGUGGUCCAAGCAGCGCGCGCACACACGCUGACACACACACAGACAAAGUGAACGUGGUCCAGGAUGAAGUGCCUGUCUUUGCUGUUCCUGGCCUGUGCACUGGCCGUGUGCUGGGCUCGUCCACAUCUACGUCCGCUCUCUCCUGAGAUGGUCGACUACAUCAACAAGGCUAACAGUACAUGGACAGCUGGACAUAAUUUUGGGAAGGUGGAUUACAGCUAUGUGAAGCAGUUGUGUGGAACGUGGCUGAAGGGACCCAAACUCCCCGUCAUGGUUCAGUACGCUGGAACAGUCAAGCUUCCUAAGAAUUUCGAUCCUAGAGAGCAGUGGCCCAACUGCCCAACUCUAAAGGAAAUCCGAGACCAGGGUUCAUGUGGGUCAUGCUGGGCGUUUGGAGCAGCUGAAGCAAUCUCCGACCGAAUCUGCAUCCACAGUCAAGGCAAAGUGAGCGUGGAGAUCUCUGCCCAGGACCUGCUGACCUGCUGCUCUGAUUGUGGGAUGGGAUGUAACGGUGGAUACCCGUCUGCUGCUUGGGAUUACUGGACUACUCAGGGUCUGGUGACGGGUGGACUCUAUGACUCUCAUAUCGGAUGUCGUCCGUACACUAUUGAACCCUGUGAGCAUCACAUCAACGGCUCUCGCCCUCCGUGCACCGGUGAGGGCGGAGACACGCCAGAAUGUGACCAGAAAUGUGAACCCGGCUACAGUCUCUCAUACCAGCAGGACAAGCACUUCGGAAAACAAUCCUAUAGAAUUGAACCUGAUGAGACUCAGAUAAUGCAAGAGCUCUACAAGAAUGGUCCAGUGGAGGGCGCUUUCACUGUGUAUGAGGACUUUCUUCUGUACAAGUCUGGUGUUUAUCAGCACGUCACUGGCUCUGAAUUAGGAGGUCACGCCAUCAAGAUCCUGGGCUGGGGAGAGGAAAACGGCACCCCCUACUGGCUGGCUGCUAACUCAUGGAACACCGAUUGGGGCGAUAAUGGUUAUUUCAAGAUCCUGAGAGGUUCAGAUCACUGUGGAAUCGAGUCGGAGAUGGUAGCUGGGAUCCCCAAGUAACUCCUGUGUGUGAAGAAAACUGAAGAUCGUUUAUUCAGAAGAAGCAGCAAUGAUGUAAUGGGACAAAAUUUUGCAAAAUCGUGUGUUUAGUAUUUCAAGACUUAUUUUUAAAAAAAAUUUAAUUACAUUUUAGAAUUUUCAGGUUGCAGAUUAUGCUUUUUAUUUUUUUGUAUGUUGAAUUAAUAAACGGACGUUGCUUUUUAAGUGAUUCUGCAGACAUUUCAAAUAAAAUGUACACAAUCCCGUUUCUUAAAUGGUUCACAGUUUUACUUGUAUGUACUGUAUAUUACUUGUAUGCAGUUUAUUUGUGCAAAAAAAGGACUUCUGCAAAUGUCUUCCAAUAUGCUGAAAGUGCAGAUUAAAGGGACACAACACUA